UUUAAAAGCCACCCAACCGGCGGUAUAUAGCAAAUAGCCCCGACUCCCAAGACUAGCUCGUCACUUCGACUGCACCGACUGUACGAUCUCGUCUGUCCUGAUAAUUCCUUCGUCUUUUCCAGUCAAAUUCAUAUUACCAAAAAAUGACGACCUACUUCAACUACCCAUCUCCAGCCCUGCAGGAGGAGCUCCGUACCAUUGCCCACAACAUUGUGGCUUCAGGCAAAGGUAUCUUGGCUGCUGAUGAGUCCACCGCCACCGUUGGAAAGCGAUUUGCUGAUAUCGGUCUUGAGAACACCGAGGAAAACCGCCGCGCUUAUCGCGAGCUCUUGUUCACCGCUGACUCUGCCCUCAAUGACAACAUCUCCGGUGUUAUCCUCUUCCACGAAACUCUCUACCAGAAAGCCAGCUGCGGCACUUCCUUCGCCGAGCUGCUCAAGCAACGCGGAAUCUACCCUGGCAUCAAGGUAGACAAGGGUGUGGUCAACCUCUUUGGCUCUGAAGACGAAUGCACCACCCAAGGUUUGGACGAUUUGGACGCUCGCUGCGCCCAGUACAAGAAAGAUGGAUGCCAGUUCGCCAAGUGGCGAUGCGUCCUCAAGAUCGGCAAGAACACCCCGUCCUACCAAGCCAUCUUGGAGAACGCCAACGUUUUGGCCCGCUAUGCCUCCAUCUGCCAGACCAACGGUUUGGUCCCAAUUGUCGAACCCGAGGUCCUCCCCGACGGUGACCACGACUUGGACAGGGCUCAGAAGGUGACCGAAACCGUCUUGGCUGCCGUCUACAAGGCACUCAGUGACCACCAUGUCUUCUUGGAGGGCACUCUCCUCAAGCCCAACAUGGUUACUGCCGGCCAGUCUUGCAAGACCAAGUACACCCCGGAAGAGGUUGCCAAAGCCACCGUUACCGCUCUGCAGAGGACUGUUCCUCCCGCAGUUGCUGGAGUCACUUUCUUGUCAGGAGGCCAGUCUGAAGAAGAUGCUUCCGUUCACUUGAACGCCAUCAAUGCUUACCCCGGCCGCAAGCCCUGGGGUCUUACCUUCAGCUAUGGUCGUGCUCUUCAGGCUUCGGUCCUCCGCGCCUGGGGUGGCAAGCCCGAGAACGUCAAGGCUGGCCAGGAGGAACUCCUCAAGCGUGCUAAGGCCAACGGUGAAGCCGCUCAGGGCAAAUACGUCGCUGGAACUUGCGUGGGAGCUGCUGCCGCUUACGACUUGUUCAUCAAGAACCACGCAUACUAGAUUUAUUAAAUAUCUGUGAAGGAGUCAUCAUCGUAACUUAAAAUUAAAAAAAAAAAAAAAGAAAAGCCAGAAAAAGCCGAAAACAUUAUUGUGAAUGCAUUUUUUCGAAAUUUUCACUUCUUUAUCAGUGUUUAGAUAAAAAUGAACGAAGAUUACCGAUGGGGCUUGAGAUUGUAGUCAUUUCUUAAUAGCUCAUUCACUAUAAUAAUCAUCUUCGGUCCAUUUGAGUGUUUGGAAAGCUGGUAGAUGAUGUAGUAAGUUCACUUACUCUUGCUGUAUACCAAUGUUGAUUGUUGACAUGCAUAUACAAUACACGAUAUCAAUACCAGCAACAA